AUGUCACCAUUAGAGGUCGCGUACCGAGCAAAAGUGCCAUGUGGCACUUCCAGGUUUCCGUUUGAUGAGCAACAAUGUCAUCUGAAGUUUGGCUCGUGGACAUAUUCAGAAAAUUUGCUCAAUUUGGAGCUGUUGGAGAAUAACGUACGUUACGAGGAAGAGGUGAACGAGCAAGGCAUUGUCGACAACAUCACCAUCGCGACGAUGAAUUGGUUAGGUGUCAUUGUUGAAAUUGUUGCACACGAAAGAAGAACGAGGAUAGCAAUCGCUGACAUGCUCAAAGUAAAGUCCUGA